AUGCUCCCAGCCUCCCACCAUGUCGUCUCGCAUAUAAAGAUGGAAUAUAAACCCCAAGCAGCGCCAGGGCCCAGAAUCAAACCGCGCCUCAUCAUCCAUGGCGGCGCAGGAAACAUCACGCCCGCCAAUCUCCCUCCCGCACAAUAUCGUCAAUAUCGCGCCUCUCUCCUCUCCAUCGUGUGUAAAGCAAAUGCCUACAUGACAACACCCAUACAACCCGACUCGCAGUCUCCCCGCUCCUCGUCCAACAUCCAACCACAGCCACCACGCCUCCCCUCCGCCCUCGAAACAGCAGCCUACGCCGUAACCCUCCUCGAAGACGACCCCCUCUACAAUAGCGGCCGCGGCGCCGUCUUCACGCGCGACGGCGUUAUCGAGCUCGAAGCCAGCGUCAUGGUAUCCCGCGGCCGCGCCAAGCGCUGCGUCGGCGUCUCCGGCAUCCGGACCGUGCGGAACCCCAUCCUCCUCGCCAAGGCGAUGCUGGAGCACGGCGACCAAGACCUUCGACCGCACGGGAGUGGCAUUGUUGAAGGUGAAGGAGACAAAAGAAACCGAGGGGAAGGAAUAGGAGGAGAGCAGCCAACACCACCACCACCGCCACCGCCACCACCGCUAGACAUCCCGUCCGCUCAGGGACAUACCCACCUCCACGGCGUCGAGUUGACGGCUACCCUGGCCGAGAGGUACGGGCUGGCGCUCGUGGACGAUAAAUACUUUUUCACGGACCGACGGUGGCAGGAGCAUCGGCGCGCUCUGGAACGGGAGAAGGCAGAAGAAGGGGGACGCGGACGAGGGGUGGCGGCUACGUGGAGUGCGGAUGAAUACCUCCCCCAGGGGACGUGUGGAGCGGUGGCGCUAGACGAAGACGGCGUCGUUUGCGUAGCCACGAGUACCGGCGGCCUGACGAACAAGUUGACGGGGCGGAUUGGGGAUACCCCCACGGUCGGGGCUGGGUUUUGGGCUGGCGAGUGGGACGACGAUGAGCCGAUAAAAGAAACAAUGUCGGGAAGAGGUGGCGAGAUGGGUCGUGAUUGGAUGCAUCACACGUCCCUCGGGGCUGUCGCCUUGGGCGGCGCCUUGCGCUGGUUCCUGGCCGAUUGCCUCCCUUCUCCCUGGACCCCCUGGACAUCAUAUGGCCCCGUCCCGUCACCCCAGAUCACCUCGACAAGGUCGUUCGGCGCAUCCGGCACGGGAAACGGGGACUCGUUCCUGCGCACAGCCGCCGUGAGGAGCGUGGCGGCACGAGCGCAGUGGAAACCCGAACCCAGUGCCCAGGCUUUGACGGCCGUGACGGGUCCCGCGGGCGAACUGCAGCGCAGCGCAGAGGACCGAUGGGGGACGACGGGUGAAGGCCAGGGCGGGAUGAUCGGUAUAGAGUCCACGGUACUUCGCGAUGCGCACGGCGACAUUGUCGGGGCGGCGUCGGAGGUUCUGCAGGAUUUCAACUGUGGAGGCAUGUUCCGGGCUUGGAUUGACGAUGAUGGCCGGGCCAGGGCAAGGAUUUGGAGAGACGGGGAGGUGUCUGAACCUUCGAUUCGGCAGCUGGAGGAGGCGGUAGAGGAGGUGACUGACUGGGUUAGCAAUAAGAGUUGGGCUAACCGAGAAGACCACCAUUUCAUCUCCUGUUCUGUCCUCGUACAUCAGCAGCCCUCUUGGCGGCUAGAGAGAAAGUGUCUCCGUCGUCGUCGCCUCUUCUUCCGCGUCGGGAACGUCCGUUCCUUCGGUCAGCACUUUUCAUGA